CAUACAGACAGGCAUACAUUUCAGUCUAUAAAAUAAUUCUUACCACAUUUAUAUACGUAAUAGCAAUGUCUCUUUUGGCUUUGGACAAAUGGGCUGCAUUAGUACGGAUUAUUGCGAAGAACGGAGGGCCAUUCAAAGCGCUGUAUAAGAUAUGGCGGUACGACACUUUGAAGGAAGGCGUCCUGAAGGGCUGCGAUUGCUUCGGGAACCGCUACUACGAGAACACGUACUAUAUGCUGGGCCGCAGUCGCUGGGUGGAGUACGCUGACCACGUGAAGUGGAACUACGACGCCAGCCAGGUCACAGCUGAGUGGUACGGCUGGCUUCACUACAAGACGGACUGCCUUCCCUACGAGGACUGCGCCAAGUACUGCCUGAACUGCUGUUCUUGGUACAGCCGCUGGCUCCUGCCGCACCAGGAAAACAUGUCUGGGACGGAGUGCGCCUACUACCCCUUCAGCACAGUCAGGGCGCAUAUCAAAGUAUGGGAUGGACAAUCCAUUUGCAACCGACCCGUUUGCUGAAUCAAAGAAGUUAUAAAAGUUGUGCAAUCAGAGAAGGAAAUGAUAAAG